UCUUCUUUGGAGAUAUCUCUCGAAAUGCAUUCCGAUCCAGAUACGUUCUCUCAGCUCGCUUCGGCGAUUUCUGGCCUUCACCUUCAACCACCACCUGAAAACGUUCUUCCGUCGGAAAACAUCGUGACUCAGGCACGCGGAAAAUUGCAGACAACCCUUUCAUCGUCCGGCGUGGGCUUCGAAGAAACAAUCAGACAUAUCCGCGAAGAUCUUGCACCAGGCUUCAAUGGUUCCAGCCGCUCACCCAAUUACUAUGGCUUUGUGACUGGCGGCAGCACGCCUGCCGCGGCACUUGCCGACAAUCUGGUCACUAUUUACGACCAAAAUGCCGCAGUUCACUUGCCCCAAGAGUCAAUAGCCACAAACGUGGAGGAUUCCGCUACUUCGCUAUUGGCUCAGCUCCUAAAGCUCGAACCAUCACAGUGGCCGCACCGCCUCUUCACCACCGGAGCAACAGCAAGUAACGUCUUAGGUCUCGCAUGUGGCAGGGAGUACGCCAUUUCAGAGGCCUCUGCACACCGCAGCGACCCUGUGUGCAGCGUCGGCGAGCUGGGCAUUGUUGAGGCCAUGCGCAGUGCUGGCAUCGACAAGCUUCAAAUCUUGACCACCGUUCCGCACUCUUCACUUGUCAAAGCCGCCGGGAUCUUGGGCCUUGGACGUGCGUCAGUGGUCGAUGUCGGCCUACCAACCGUUUCGCACAAGUUCGACCUUGCUCGGUUGAAGAAUCUGCUAGAGCAGCCUCGAACUGCUUCCAUCAUCGCCGUCUCCGCAUCCGAAGUGAAUACUGGACUGUUCGCUACCUCAGGAUUAGAAGAGAUGCAGGAGAUCCGUAAGCUAGCUGACACGUAUGGUGCCUGGAUCCAUGUCGAUGGUGCUUUUGGCAUCUUCGGGAGGAUUCUCACAUCGCCAGCUCAUUCCGACAUCAUCUCUUUCUGCGCAGGUCUCGAUCUCGCGGACUCAAUCACUGGUGAUGGACACAAGCUUCUGAAUGUGCCCUACGACUGCGGCUUCUUCUUCUCACGCCAUCGCGACAUUGCGAAAUGCGUCUUCCAGAACCCCAAUGCCCCGUAUCUCAGCACUGGAGCAGCCACUGAUUUGCUCGUAUCACCUUCUAAUGUCGGGCUUGAGAACUCGCGUCGACUGCGUGCGCUACCCGUGUAUGCAAACCUGACAGCCUACGGUGCGGACGGCUAUCGAGCUAUGCUUGAACGACAGAUUGAGCUGUCCAGGGGCAUAGCCGAGUAUCUCAUAGACAGCCCCGACUUUGAGCUACUCCCGGAAUCAGACCGAUCCAAGGAAGAGGUACUGAACGGCGUCUACAUCAUCGUUUUGUUCCGAGCCAAGGAUGAAGGUCUGAACAAGGAGGUCACCAGUAGAAUCAAAGCGGGUCGCAAGAUCUAUGUAUCAGGCACUGCAUGGGACGGCAAGCCAGCUUGCAGAUUCGCUGUGUCGAACUGGAUGACGGACGCACAGAGGGAUUUGCCGAUUAUCAAGCAAGUAUUAAGUGAGGUUGUCGAAGCGUGGAAGAAGACUUGAUAGAACCGUUGCUAUAUAACGUCAUAGAUCCAUAAUCGCAGCGUUCAACACGCCCAUAACAUGACUGUUUUCAGCAUGAGGGCCACACUUACAGAUCUUCCAUCUUGUACACCUCGUACGCAGGCUCCUCGUAUGGAUGCGCC